AUGGGCGCGCAGAAGAAAGGCUCGAGCAGGGUUUCGGAGGACGCCGAGGAGCUGGCUCGGAAUCCACUUCAGGCCAUUCUCUUGGCCGAUAGCUUCGCCACCAAGUUCCGUCCCAUCACCCUCGAGCGCCCUAAAGUGCUUCUGCCGUUGGUGAACGUUCCGAUGAUCGACUACACGCUCGCUUGGCUGGAAUCGGCUGGCGUCGAGGAAGUUUUCAUUUUCUGCUGUGCGCAUUCGAGGCAGGUCAUGGAUUACUUGGAGAGCUCGGGAUGGCACAAGCAGCCUAACUUCACCGUCGCCAUGAUCGAGUCGAACAAUUCGAUUAGCGCCGGUGAUGCUUUAAGGUUGAUAUACGAGCGCAAUGUGAUACAUGGGGACUUUGUCCUAGUCAGUGGGGAUACAGUGAGCAACAUGUCACUGACUCACGCGGUAAAAGAACACAAGGAGAGAAGAAAGAAGGACAAUAACGCAGUCAUGACCAUGGUCAUCAAGAAAUCAAAGCCUUCUCCAGUCAUCCACCAGUCGCGUCUAGGUACUGAUGAGCUGUUUAUGGCCAUUGAUCCUGAUACAAAUCAACUUCUCUGCUACGAGGAGAGAGGAGAGCACCCGAGAGGAGCUAUAUCUCUUGAAAAUUCGUUACUUGCUGAUAAUCCUUCUAUCUCGCUUCAUAAUGAUAAGCAGGAUUGCUAUAUAGAUAUAUGCUCCCAAGAGGUGCUGAGUUUGUUUACGGACAAUUUUGACUAUCAACAUCUUCGUCGUCAUUUUGUGAAAGGCUUGCUGGUUGAUGAUAUAAUGGGGUACAAAAUAUUUACUCAUGAAAUUCACUCUAGCUAUGCGGCUAGGAUUGAUAACUAUAGAAGCUAUGACACAAUCAGUAAAGAUAUCAUUCAGAGGUGGACAUACCCGUUUGUGCCAGAUGUGAGAUUUUCUGCAAAUUGCACGACUAAACUUGAAAGAGAGGGGAUGUACAAGGCACCAGAAAUACAACAGUCACGGUCAGCUCAUAUUGGGCCAUUUACUGUUAUUGGAAAAGGGACCAGAAUUGGGGAUGAUUCAAGAAUCACUCAUUCUGUUAUUGGAGAAGGAUGUACUAUUGGAUCUAAUGUUUCAAUAGUGGGUUCAUACAUAUGGAACAAUGUUACCAUUGAGGAUGGUUGUGAGCUGCGACAUGCAAUAGUAUGUGACGGUGUGAUUAUAAAAGCAGCUGCGACUUUGGAACCUGGGGUUGUACUGUCUUUCAAGGUUGUAAUUGGAAGAGAAUUUGUUGUUCCUGCCUACUCGAAAGUGUCUCUGUUUCAGCAGCCAACUGCUCAGGAUAGUGAUGAAGAGUUGGAGUACGCUGAUAGCAGCAGUGGAGCAAUAGAUCCAUCCAUUGCAGAUGCUGGUAACAAGUUGAAUGGGGAUAUAGUAUCUGAAUCAUCUCAAAUGCAAGAUUGGUCUACUUCGCAGCUUGGACCUGGUGGUGCUGGUUUUAUUUGGUCAGCUUGUGAUGGAGGUUGUGAGGAAGAGUGGAGGCACUCUGUUGCACCCAUUCCUACAGAUAAGCUUGCCAAGGCAUUGCUAGCCAUAGAGGAGGAUUUGGAGAUCGUAAAAGUUAGCGACAGUGCUCUUACACCUUCUGGAGAGCUGGAACCUGGGUCUGACGACGAUGACUCUGAUAAUAUGGAUGACUCCAAUGUUGACACUGUUGAUUUUGAGAAAGAGGCUGAAGCAACCUUUUUGAGGGCUGCCCAGGACAAUAUUGCAGUCGAUGAUUUGAUCCUUGAAAUGAACUCACUACGGUUAUCAUACAACAAGUCUGCUGGGGACUGUACCGGAGCCUUAUUUUAUCCAAUGAUGAAACUGGCUUUGGAAUCUCCGCACAACACAGCUGUUGAAUUGCAAAAGAACGUCGCUAGUGUUGUGAGCAAGUGGCACAAACUAUUUGAGGUUCUUGCUAAAGAAGUAGAUGACCAGAUUGAACUGAUAAUGAAAUUCGAAGAAAUGUGUCUCGAGUCUACCAAGGAGUUUGCUCCAAUUUUCUCCCAGAUUUUGUAUCUUCUAUAUGAAAGAGAGAUCAUAGGAGAGGAGGCCAUUUUGAGGUGGGACGACGAGCGAAAAGAUGCAGAUGAAUCUGACAGGGUUUUCGUGAAACAAUCAGAGAAGUUCAUUCAAUGGUUGAGGGAAGCGGAUGAGGAAGAAGACUGA